AUGGAUCUCAAAGGCCCCAAAUACUAUGAAGAUCCACCGGUCUUCCCAGCUCAACAGGAAGCAACACUAGUAGAGGGCAACAAUUUUUUCUACAGCACGGGAACAGAGAACCCUUUUCUGGACCAUGCAAUCCACGAACCUCUGUGCAGACUCAAUCUAAAGGAAACUUCUGAUUUUGUCAAGUCAUUUCCAAUGAGUAGCAAUGGAGCGGAGAGCCGAGGUUUCUUGGACGUGCCGGCUCAGAAAAGGAGAGACCUGGGACUGAGUUCGUUUUCAAAGAGGAAUAAUGCAGAUGCCCCUCCCACACCAGGCAGGCCAAUUUUUAGCUUUAGCGUUGGCAAUUUGUCAAGAAAGAGUUUCCCUUCCAAGUGGGAAGAUGCUGAGAAGUGGCUCAUCAGUGGCAGCUCUUGCCAUGACUCCCCUGCUCAUUACCACGGCUCAAGGCCUCCGUUGCAUCAGUUUUGCUCCUCAAAGAUGUCCAAGCAUUGCAGUAAUGAGUUUAAGCCACAGCAGGCUCAGCCUGAGCCGGAGUUGUUUGCUGAAAAAUCAAGGGUCAUAAUAGAUGAAAAGGUCUCUACAGUUGUUACAAAAGCAGGCCUCCAGGGGCUUUUACCCCCUUUCGGCCAUCAUAACUCAUCUGCUGGAGCUUUCAGUGAAGGGUCAGCCUCAGCUGCAGCAGCAGACGUACUGCUAAAAGGUCAAAAGCUUUUCUAUAAUCUUUACCCCAUUGCCUUUGUGGUGUAA